AUGCUAAAAACAUUGCUUCCCGCCAAGCGAAAACUCCCUUUUCCAGAAACAAGUACACUUCUUAAAUCUCCUUUCAGACAGCUUACACUUACUACUGAAAAACCUCCAAAAUCAAAUGGUAAUGGCAUUUUUGAAAGCCCAGAAAUCCACAUAGGAUGCUGAAAUGUAAAUGGUCUCCGAGCAUGCUUAAAAAAGCAGACUUUUCUCGAUUUUUUAGCCCAGGACCGCUUUGAUAUUUUUUGUUUUAAUGAAACAAAGCUUCAGGAAUCUAUGACGACCGAUUUAAAGGAUAAUUUUCCUCAAUAUAAAUAUCAAUAUUGGUCAUGCAGCCGUGUCAAAAAAGGAUAUUCAGGAGUAGCGAUUUUAAGCAAAAUUGAGCCUAUUAGUGUGAAGCCAGGGAUUGAUAAAAGAAAACAUGAUGAUGAAGGAAGAGUGCUUACAGCUGAGUAUGAAACUUUUUAUUUAGUAUGCUCUUACAUACCAAAUGCAGGUGAAGGGCUUGUUCGGCUUCAAUAUCGAGUUGAAGAAUGGGACAAAGACCUAAAAGAGUACCUUAAAAACUUAGAAAAAACAGGAAAAAGUGUCAUUUGAAUAGGUGAUCUAAAUGUUGUGCAUCAAGAACUUGAUAUACAUAGCUUUAAAGGCAAUGAAAAAUGUCCAGGCUGCACAAUUGAAGAGAGAAGUUCUUUUUCAGCAACUUUAAAUGACGGCUUGGUUGAUACUUUUAGAUCGCUUUACCCAAAUGUGAGGAAAUAUACAUGGUUUAGCCAAAGACGAACUGAUUCAAGAAUAAAAAAUAGAGGAUGGAGGCUUGACUAUGCAAUUGUAAGUGCAAAUUUUUUGCCUAGGGUAAAAGAUCAUAUAAUAUAUGACACCAUCAUGGGAAGCGACCAUCACCCAAUUGAAUUAAUUAUAUCAAACAAUAAAAUAUAA